AUGCCGACGCAAAAACAAGGCAAGGCCGUCAAGGCAAGUGGGAGCUCUGCCCCACCCGUGAACGAGCAUGUUGCCCUUGAGGAGGAGCGCAUGCAGGUCAUCAGCGCUUGGAUGUACGAGCAUUGCUCUCGCUACGGGCUGGAUGAAGCCUUGCAAGGUCUCAUUCAAAGCAUGUCACGGAAGUACCACAUCACACACGAGAAACUAGCUGAGAAAGCAGAUCCCAUUGGCCAGCUGCGACGAUGGAUCGAAGCUCGGGAGUUCAACCUGGCCCUCCGAGAAUUUGAUUUUGUAUGCACUGACGAUGAUCUGGAGAAAUCCCCUGGAUCCGUGUUCUGGCGAGCCUUCAAUGAGCUCAAGAUUCAGGCAGCAUUGAAAGAGCUGAAGAGCGACAGCAUGGAUUUGGAACAGUUUCGUCAGAACGUGCAAAUGUUGUUUCCUUGGCAAACCAAAAACAAACAAGAUGAAAACUUCAAAGAAGUGAAUGCUUUUCGCAGUGACAGUCUUUCUAUUUCAAAGAAAGAUCUACCAAAACUAUUUGCGAAAUAUCCCGUGGAGAAUUUGGAUGCUGUCAUGAAGGAAUUUUGGACACAUCUCGCCAGCACCCAGAAACCAACAAUGCUUGAGAUCAUUGCCAGAGAUAUCAGCUCCGGAAAAUAUGCACCAAGUUUCAGCAAACAAUCCGACCCAAAACAAAUUGUAGUUGACGAAAAGGAUCAAGAGGAGGCAGGUGACCCUGAAAGUGCUCCAGUGCCUGUCCAAGAAGAAUCCAAGACAUCACGCCGUACGCGGGCCAUCAACAAGAAAGACGAAAACUCAAAAGUUGCGGAAAUUGAAGAAAUUCCCAGUGAGAAGCAAACUCAAGUGGCUGUGAAUGCUGAGGCUGAAGAGGACAAUGCGAACGAGGACAAGGACGCCUCACGUGCAUAUUUUGACAUGUCUGCAUGGGACCUUCGUGAUGCCCUCAGAUUAGCUUGUGGACGAGACGACGAGGGGGACUGGACUGAAAUACAUCAGCAAGUCCAUCCUGACGUCGUAGAAGUUCUGAAAGAACUCUCCGGCCGCAAGGGAAAGCCAACCAAGCAGCAGGCAUCUGAAGAAGUCCAACAUCCAGCAGAAGAUGAAUCUGCUCCUGAAAAAGCAGCAAAAGCAAAGAAUACCGAAUCUGCCGCUGCGUCAAAACGCUCCAAAGCAGCAGAAAAAGUGCCAAGUGAUGAUGAAGUAGAAUUCGUGCAGCCCAAAUCUAGGGCUGCCAGGAAGCAUCGAAAACGGCAAGAAGAGGAAUCAGAGGAAGAAAAUGCUCCGUCUGGUGGCAAGGAGAAUGCAAAUCCUCGUAAGAGCAGUCGUACCACGCCAAAAAAAGCAGCACAAGAUGUGUCCGCUGAGGAUGCGGUACUUAUCAAAACUUUGCGAGAGAAGAGAAGCGAUCUUUUGAGCAAAGGGAAGGAUCCCUUAGAAGAAGUUUUGCAGCAGAGCAAUUCGACCACGACUAGAAAAUCCCCAGCAAAGUCAAAACGAAAAAAUCUUCUCGACCCGCCCGAUGAAGGCAAGAGUUUGCAAUGGGACACAGAUGACGAGAGCGACGAAGCCAUCAAGUUAGCCACUCCCAAGAACGACUACCGACCUAAAGACUUCACGAAUCAAGACUCCACCCCUCAGAAGCGGAAAGCUGAUGCGGCUGGUAAGGGUUAUAUCAGAUGGACGGCUGAGGAGGAGGAGACCUUGCGGAAAGGGAUUGAAAGGUAUGGGCCGAGCAAAUGGACAAUGAUCUUGUCAAACUUCGACUUCCAUCCUUCUCGCUCAGCUGUGGACCUGAAAGAUAAGUGGCGAAAUCUUCAAAAGAAACAACGAAGCAGCAUGUAA